AUGCGGUUAAUUUGCUACCUGCAUUUACAGGACCCAAAGUGUGAAAUUCGGAAAGUGAUGCAAUUCCUGGGGAAGGACCUGACGGAGAAGGUUCUGGAUAGGAUUGUCUAUCACACAUCAUUUGAUAUGAUGAAGGAGAAUCCCACCACCAAUUAUAAGAUGGCUCCUGGUUUCCUGGUUGAACAAGGAUAUUCCCCUUUCACGCGCAAAAGGAUUGCUGGUGACUGGAAGAAUCACUUUACUGUGGCCCAGAAUGAGAGAUUCAAUGCAGACUAUGAGGGCAAGAUGGCUGGGACCACCCUGCGGUUCCGAACAGAGGUCUGAUGUACCUGGAGUCUCCAUGUCAGGA